AUGCUUAAAGUUGGUGAAGGUGCUGAUGAAUUGUUUUUUGUAGCAGAACCGACAGUUGUGUUCCAUAUUAUUACUUAAACUUAGAUCAAGGAUAUUAAUGAUCUAAAAUCCUAAUUGAUUUCGAAAACAACAAAUAUCCCAGAAAUGAGAAGUAAAAUAGUAAAGAUCUUUAAUUCCCACUAUUUAAAGAUGUUUAAUCUAGAAGAUUUCACAAGAUUACUAAACAGCGCUAUUUCUGAAAUUGCCGAGGAUUUUCAAAAUGAAUAAGAUUUAUGCAACUUUAUCGCUACGAAGGUAAAUAAGAUAAUUCCAAAGGACACUCUUCAGUACAGAAUUCUUGUAAAAUAAGACUUUAACAAGAAUUAGUCAGCUGUAGUAUUUGUAUUUCAUCAUGGAAUUUGCGAUGGUGUUGGAUUUCUUAAUUUUCUCGGUGCUAUCUAAGAUCAAUUUGACAUUAAAGCAUUACCUUAUGUAAGGGAAAGAACAUUGAAGGAUUAAAUCUCAAGAUACUUGAAAAUUCCCACUGGGGUAUUCUAUUAAAAGUAGAGUUAAUCUGCCAAAAUACAAAGGUCCUAAUUAUUCUAAUAAUCCAAUAAUAAUCUAACCGAGUAUGUAAUAUCCAAUGAUUAUAAACUAGAUGAACUGAAAGCUUUAUCAAGGGCGUUUAACAGCUCAAUAAAUGAACUCCUCAUUGCUGCAAGCAUUAUUGCUAAUCAAAAGCUCGCAAAUAUUUAUGGAUUUGAUGAUUUCAAUAUAUAUGAUGUGCUCAUAGCUAUCAAUUAAAGAUCUCCAUUGACUAAGCUCUCAGAUUUUACCAUGCUUAAUUAAUCCUUAUGUUAUAACUUGAUUGUCAAGCUCAAACAUCAAGACUUGUUUCAGGAAAAUAAUAUCACUUAAGUUCUUCCUAAAAUUCUAACAAUUUUUUAAUCAGAGUUAUAAAGAGUCAAGGAAGAUGAUAGAGAGUUAGCUUUAUAGUAUUAUGGAAAGUUUUUCACUUGGUUUAUGCCAGAUUCGAUAAUUCCUAUAAUAGCCAAGAAUUUUAAUAAUUCAUUAAAAAGAACUUGGUCCAAUCUGAAUGGAUCAAGCAAGCCUAUCAAGAUUGCAGGGUCAUACUCUGAAAAAAUAUUUUUUUCCUCAUUUCUUAGAGAAGAAGAGUACUAUAUAGCAAAUGUACUUUCUCACAAUGGAUGGAUAAGAUUAGCUAUUAUAGGAAGAAAUUAAAACUUCAAAUUUUUGGAUUUUAUUUAGUAAUUCAACCUAGUGAUGGAAGAAUUGAUGAAUGGAAAAAAGUGA